UAGAAGGAGUGACUCGUUGACUGCGGCGAACGCAAUUUCGGCAACAUGGGAGACGCUGUGGGAUUUAUUCUAAACGGAUUUUAAGACCUGUCGGGAAAAUGGCAGAGAGGUUGGAGUGGGUGGAGAUCAUUGAGCCGCGCACGCGGGAGCGGAUGUAUGCCAACCUGCUGACCGGCGAGUGUGUGUGGGACCCUCCGCAGGGUGUUUGCAUCAAGCGGACCGGUGAAAACCAGUGGUGGGAACUGUUUGACCCCAACACCUCACGCUUCUAUUAUUACAAUGCCUCAACCCAGCGCACUGUGUGGCAUCGGCCGCAGGCCUGCGACAUCAUCCCCCUGGCCAAGCUGCAGACUCUGAAGCAGCACACCGAUACCACUAAUCCCCGUCCUGGAGGUGGAGGGGGAGGGAGGGCGUCAGCUGAUAACAGCCCUGGACGUAACAGUGGGGUCAGCAGAGAGGGAAGCACGUCGUCUUCCCUUGAUCAGGAGCUCUCUGAGAAACAGGGCAACAGAGAGGAGGCUGACAGGACUUCCCCCUUCAGAUGGAACACUGGUACCAAGGAGAGAAUGCUAAUCAAGGUGACGGACAGAGAACCCAGCUUCUUGGCCCACCAGGGAAAUGGUUACUCCCCUUGUGACCCACCCACCCCUGGUCCUCCUUCUGGGGGAGGCACCACAUCACGAACUCGGCGUUCCUCUGGAGGAAACGCUCCUUCGGAACCCGAUGCUUCCCCCGUUCUCUACUCUGAGCGACGUCAGUCCCCUUUCCUGAAGCGAGCUGAGCUUGGCGGCACCGGCACCCACCGCCGCUCGUCGGCAGACUCUCAGCCUCCCUCGCCACGCUACGCUUAUGAACCCCCGUUGUAUGAGGAGCCACCAUCAGAGUACCAACCCCCUCCCAUAUACGAGGAGCCUCCUACUGACAUGCACCUCGCUGACCCCUCUUUCUACGGAACUGGCAAGUCACCUGCUCGAAAGUCCUCCGCCCCCAUCUAUCAUUCCCCCAAACAGGGCCAGUCGCCAUAUGGCCAGCUGGUUCUGACCAGGCAGAAGUGUCCAGAGAAGACCCAGAGUCUGGAGUACAGUCCUGUGGGGAAAGAGUAUGUUAAGCAGCUAGUGUAUGUGGAACAGUCUUCUUCCAGCCCACGCUUCAAGACUGCUGACCGUCUGCUGCGUUACGGCACCACGGGGGGCUAUGGUGGCUCAUAUGGAGGUUCCUACACUCUGCAACACAGCCAGUCUCUGAUCAGGGACCCCCGCCUGCUGCUGGACUACAGUGGGGAGGGAGGAGAAGGAGGCCAGAGGUUGCUUUAUGAAGACUCUAUAUCCUGGUCGUCCAGUCAGACCCACACCCUUUCCUCCUCAUCCACAGGCGGUCCUGGGGCUUCCUCUCCUGGAGGUAACCGCAAACGCAAGAAUCGCAAGCCCUCUCUCCCCCAGGAGCUGGCACGCUGUGCAGGGCUGGAGGGGGAGCUGUCAGGAACAGCAUCUGAGGCAAUGUUGGCCCAAGCCAGGCUUGCAUGGGAGGCUCAGCAGGUGAUGAAACAGAGGAGCAGUUGGGACUCAGGGCAGGGAGGGGGAGUGGCCCAGUGCGGAGGCUCGAAAGAUGGCUACGAGAGCGACGGGGCGCUACCUCUGCCACUGCCAGGACCGGUGGUGAGGGCAUUCAGUGAGGACGAGGCACUGGCGCAGAGUGAUGGACACCACCACUGGAAACGCAGCACCUUCGAUCGGCUUGGCUUCCCCCAGGCCCUGCUGGAGAAAAGCCUCUCAGUCCAGACCAACCUGGCCUCCCCUGAGCCUUUCCUUCACCCCUCACAGUCGGAGGACCUUGGAGCCUGUGCCCAGUUUGAGGCCAGUCGAAAUGCUAGGAAUAUGAUGCCGAGCGCCAGCUGUGGCAUUUUCCCAGAAUUCGUCCUGAGGAAGCCCUCCUCAGAGACCGACAUCGAGAACUGGGCAUCCAAGCACUUCAACAAACACACACAGGGUCUGUUCAGAAGAAAGGUGUCCAUUGCCAACAUGUUGGCCUGGAGCAGCGAGCCCAUUAAGAAGCCCAUGAUAGUGACCUCAGACCGCACUGUGAAGAGGGAAGCAGUGGACAUCUUUAAGCUUAUCCAGACCUACAUGGGCGACCGGCGCACAAAGACCGACCCUUACUCUGUAGCUCUGGAGGUGGUGGUGCGGGGGUGGAGUAACCAGGGCCUGCGUGAUGAGCUCUACAUACAGCUGUGUCGUCAAACCACGGAAAACUUCCGCUACGACAGCCUGGAGCGAGGCUGGGAGCUGAUGGCCAUCUGUUUGGCCUUCUUCCCCCCAACACCGCGCUUUCACAACUACCUUGAAGGCUACAUCUGCAGACACAUGGACCCUCUCAAUGACACCAAGGGAGUUGCCAUUAGCAGCUAUGCUAAGUACUGCUACAGGAAGCUGACAAAAGCUGCUCUGACUGGAGCCAAGAAGGGCCUGCAGAAGCCCUGUAUUGAGGAGAUUAAGCAUGCCCGGAAUGCCAUCUUCAGCCCCUCCAUGUUCGGCUCCUCCCUGGAGGAGGUGAUGGCUCUCCAAAAGGAGAGGUAUCCAGACAGCCAGCUGCCCUGGGUGCAGACCCGCCUUUCUGAGGAGGUUCUGGGUCUCAAUGGAGACCAGACAGAAGGAAUCUUCAGGGUACCAGGGGAUAUAGAUGAAGUCAAUGCCCUAAAGCUGCAAGUGGACCAAUGGAAAAUCCCCACAGGACUAGAAGACCCGCACAUCCCAGCAUCACUGCUGAAGCUCUGGUACAGAGAGCUGGAGGAGCCGCUGAUCCCCCAUGAGUUUUAUGAGGAGUGUAUUAAUCACUAUGACAACCCAGAAGCAGCUGUCAAUGUGGUGCUGGGCCUGCCACACAUCAACAAACUGGUGCUCUGCUACCUCAUCCGCUUCCUACAGGUAUUUGCUCAGCCCGCCAAUGUGGUCAUCACAAAGAUGGAUGUGAACAACCUGGCCAUGGUCAUGGCUCCCAAUUGUCUGCGCUGCCAGUCUGAUGACCCCAGGGUGAUCUUUGAGAACACCCGCAAGGAGAUGUCCUUCAUUCGGGUGCUCAUCCAGCGUCUGGACACCAGCUUCAUGGAUGGAAUCCUAUAGCCCUCCACCACACACACACCAUCCACCCUUUACCCUCAGCUUCUCAUACGCUCCCUUUAACGCCCCCCAUACCAGGCCCACACACACACACUCCCCUAGCACAGGAACGUCGUACACACACAUUAUUGCUGCUGGGUGAACCUUGCCUCUCCAACAUGUUUACUUUAACUAAAACUGCCUUGUUUUGAGUUAAGUCCACCAAAUUUUUUUAAGUUGAACCAGCUGUCUUUUCUAUUUCUGUAGAUGUAGAACUUAAACUGACAUUUGCAACAGAAAAACACUAUCAUUGAAAUUCCAAUUGUUUCAUAUGAUAACAGUACUGUGUGUGCCUUCACAACAUUACUAGAAUAUACUCACAUACAGUAUGAAGGAAUUAGCAGGGAUCCCAUCAUUUCGUCACUUUUGCUGGCACACUCAGAGUUCAGGAACUUCAAAGGUUCAUUUUUAAAUCCGCUUUUGUGUUUGUAUGAAGUUUUUUUUUGUUUACCCCUGCCUAACUACCUACACACAGUCACAUAUACAUUAAAACAAACAUUACACACAAAGCAAUCCAUGCACACUUAAGUCUUACACCAGGAUUUCAACCACUGCAGUGUUCAAUGACGCCUAUCACAAAGUAAGAAUUCUCACUGGGAUGAAUGGAUUCAUUCAAACAUACUGCACAUCACACACUUUCUGCCACAGGUGUUCAAAUCUCUCUUACACACUCUGGCUAACCAACACAUGCAAGAUUUUCACAAGAUAUGAGGCCUAGCUGCACCAUCUCAGAGUGAGCCUGCGAGAUACAAGCCUCAGACACCAGGUAGAAGAGUAAAGCUGUGUUCAACAUUAUUUUACACUGCCAUAACAGAGCGAAGAACUCAUCACAGAGGUUAUUUACUCCUCCAUUUGUAAUCCUGCCUCAGGACGGCGACUUAUGCUGUCUUAAUAGGCAAAACUCUUGGCUCAAACUAUUGUUUCACUAUGUAUGACAGACGUGGCUGAGUCAGCCACCGGACUUUAACUGAGUGUAGCUGUUUGGGGAGGCAGAGGUAAGCUUAGGUUAGUUAGGUCAGUGUUAGCUACUUAUUUGUCAAGUGGGGAGAACUUGGACACUAAUUCACCCCUCAUGUUUUUUUUUUAACUUCAAGGCUUCAAUCCCUCCAGUCUGUUGGGUUGAUGGACACCUCAGCAAUGCCUGUGUACACAUUUUUCUAGAAUUCUAGAAAUUGUAAACACAACAUUAUGAACAGAGGUUCUGCAGGGAGUGGAUGGUCACUCGGUCCGCUCUGUGGGUGACUGUGUAGGAACAGUUGUUUCCAUUAGUUGUUCCAUUCACGGUAUUUGCACAUUAUGAGAACUGUUAAAAGCAGUAAAUGUAGUUUUUCCUCCAAUAGGCUGGAGCAGGUAUGAGCAAAUCUUCAAUUCACAUUAUGAAAGUCUCAUACAGUCUUAUAUUUUCUCAUCACACCAAUAGCAAACACUGUCAGUACUGUUUGCUAAAGUAUCUGCAAAGGAAAGACUCGGAUAAUUAAUUAUUUUUGUGGCUUGGGGUUAGGAUUCAUCUGCUAACUUAUUUAGUUUAGUAUUACAUGACAUAUUUAUUAUUUAUUGCUGAGAAAUAGUGACAAAUAUGUGAUCUAACUAUGGAUAACCCUCUGCAAUAUGGUCUCUUCUGGGUUUCUUUAUUUACUUUUACAAUUCUGCCCAUAAGGUUUACUACACAUAUAAUCCUACAGCCUGGAUCACCCUAUUCAUUACACAUUAGUGUAUAUGACAGGAGAAGAAUUUGGACAUAGCCAUGUAGGCCAUAUGGAGACUGGCAGCUGUACAAAGAGGUAAUGUUAAAGGUUAGCAUGUCCAACUCUCAUACUGAGCCAUAUCCUAUGGUGCGUUAGCCGGCACACUGAUAGCACUAGCAUACACUGGUGUGAGACAAUGUCUUAUGAAUACCUUAGAAGCAGCUAAGUGGCCACUCUCACUUAUUUUGAGUUUUGAAUUUUGCCAAGAAAGCUCUUGAAGCUUCAUCAAAGCUGGCAGCUGCGUCUUAAUGAACAGAUUGGAACAGUAACCCAAACAGAGGAGAGUCAUAAAGUCACCACAGUUUGAAAAGUUCCCCAGGUGUGUUUUGGUGUCCAUGUUCUAAUCACUUGAACACAAGGGUUGGCAGUCAGGGGAAGGUGUUGGGGUAGUUUGGUUCCUACUUAUUUGCUUACAAGGAAAGUCAACCAGUGCCUCUUGCCUUUUUUUUCUGAUUGCCUGUCCUCAGUCGUAAACGGAUCUCAGUGAAGUCUUUCAGCACUGGAUCAUCUUGCGUUAAUCUUUUCCCUCGUAACCACUCUGCCACAGUAUAUGGUGCUGUCAAGUCGCUGACAUCCUGAAACCACAAGCAACAGAUACUGUAGAAGGAUUGAUAGCAGCACUGCCAAUAAGGCCCUGUUCAUAAUAUUUGUAUACAGCACAGCAUGCUUGUACCUCCUGGGAGGGAUUUGAGAAGUGCCAGCUUUCGCAACAUACCCCCAGCUGCUCCCUUUCAACCCACCUGACCCCACAGAGCAAGUCCAACACCACCUCCAAACCCCAACAGGCCUUUCUGCUCACUAAUGAUUUGUGAAUGUGUCUACCUUUCUGUGUUUGUCUGUCAUUGUUUACAAAACGUACCCAUCAUUGCAUCCAUAUGAUCUGUGUCUAUGAGCAAGUACUGUGGGUUAUUGUGUUGAUUUGAGAUUUUUGCUGUAUUAACAGAAUUUCUAUGUUUUUAACCUGUUGUUUUAUAUGAUUUAAUUUAUUUAUAUUUAUUUGAGGAGAUUUCCUUAAUGCCUUCUUGAGAAAAUGUAUUGUAAGGCUCCAGUGUGUGUGUUUUUGUUACAACACAUGAGUGUGUGUGUGUGUACAAAUGUGUGGAUGUGCAAUUGAGUGCAAAAUGUUAGUGCACAUAUGGGUCGAUGUAUGACUGUGUCAAUCUUGCUGUAUCUGUCUUAUUCAUUUAGGUUUUAUUGUGAAAGAACGAUUACGAAUGAGACACACACACGGACCAAUCUGGAAAACCAGUGAGUUCCACCUUUAAGGUCCAGACGACAGUUUCACACUUCAUCUUUGUCGAAAUGAAUCCUUUUCUUUGUGGCGACUGUGAUGAGUGUUGCUGUGUGUGUGUGUGUGUGUGUGUGUGUGUGUGUGUGUGUGUGUGUGUUUGUGGUCCAUGUUUGCGUGGUGUGCAGCUCACUCUUUCUUACAUACACACUCCACAUAAAUAACAUGUACAUUGACACUGUACAGACUGUAAAAUUAAGUAUAUAGGGACACGAGAGGAAAAGCAUCAUGUAAUUGAGAUUUUCCUGUGGAAGGUUGUGUUACAAGGAUGGGAGUUAAUGUUUCUUUUUCUUUCAAGUCUUGUUAAAGUGUGAAAUUUUCUCACAUCGAUAGAGAUUUAAAAAUUUAACAAGUUUAGCAAUUGAAACCCAUCUCUGAACAGUCUGUGGACUACUCCACCCAUCAUUCAUUCAAGUACCAGAAAGUAUUUUUAAUUCCCACUAAGCUCUAGAACUGUAGGUCUAAAAUCCUACUUCAAAAAGAAGUGACUUGUCCAAAGGAAAACUUUGACUUUUUCUAAGUCUGAGUAAACCAGAAAUUGAGUGACUGUUUUAUGUCUCAUUGAAAUAUGGGGUUUACACAGACUGUAUAAAUAAUGGAAAUAGUAUCUGUGACGUCACCUAUCUGUUUCUGAAGCGCUGUUUUGAAGCCAAUCGUCGGUGGGAGCCAUAUUGGAAAUGCUGAACUCAACCUAACUGCUGAUGAGCUAGUGUGAGGUAAAGAGGUGGGCUUUGAGCCUCCUAGCCAACAGCUACAGUGUUCCCACCUGUCAAUCAAGUCAGCUGUGCCUCUCAUAAUAGGAAACUCGUAAUGUUAAUAUCUUCAAAACUGCCGCGUUGUGAAAAAAUUCACCCCCCGUACAGUGUGUGCCGAUCAAGAAAUGAGCUGGGUUUACAUCAAGACCAUCUGAAAUCAACAAACACUUUCUUAUGAUCAGAAUAUUAAAUAAACCAAAUAAAUUGUGUUGAGAUGUAAACCGGAGAGUAUAGAAAUGCUACAUGUUUUGAUUUAGUUUCAAAAAAAGGACAAAGGAGAUCCUUAGUUCAAUUUCAUGAUGUCCCCAACUUAAAGCUCCUGUGAGGAACUUUUGGUUUUGGUUACUUUUGGCGCCCCUUGUGGACAAAGCGGUCUUUGCUUUAGUAGUGUCCUCUGACAAAAAGUCUCAUCCUGCUGAUUUUACAAUCAAAUGUGUCAUUCAUUGAGAAUAUUUAAUGAGUAAAAUGUAAAAGAAGGUUGUUUCUUCAGCUGCACGACUGGCACCUACCCCCUCACACCGGUUUCAGGCAUUAAAUAUCACAAUAUAGGAACUGUCAGUCUUGUCACUGAUGACUUUGGUAGCUUUUGGAAGUCAUAAAGAAGCAUCAGUAUCAAUAUUUGUCUGUUUCAUCACUAGCAAAGAACUCCUCACAGGAGCUUUAAGCAAACAAGCAUACUGACACCGUUAACCUAGUGAAACUAUCUUAUUCGUACACAAACUCUGGGUUUAAUCAUGUAAAAUGUAACUUAUCAAAAGGGACAAAUUAAGUAAAUACUGUUAAUUAAGUUCUGUUACAAAUACACCUUUUGACAACUUUAAUCUUGUUGCUUCACAAGCUUGGAUACUGAAUCUUUAAAGGGUUUCAGUAAUCAUUGGGAGCUUUUCACUUAUAAAGAGUUGUACUGUACUCAGGAUUAGGUCCUGUCUUUGUAGGGCGGUUGCCAGAUUAAAACGCUGGGAAACUUAAUUAAAAAUGUCACAACGUUGAGCUUUGAAUUAGCGACAGGUUCACCUCAGUAGGAUUUGGAAUUCUGGAAUUUUAAGUACAUUGGCUUCUUCUUUUCUUCUCAUCCUCUAGCUGAGACCUGAAAUAGGACAUCAUGUGCCAUGUGUUUUGUCAAUAUGUCAGGGUGCCAGUUUCAAAAUCAGUUUCAGGUCUUAAAUACUUGAUUAUGAUUAUCAGGGUCCAGUUUCAGUAUGAAUGUGCUUAAUUCUAGACAGGCAGUUAUUUCUUAAGGGGAAAAAAAGGCAAAGGAAUUUCCCCAAUUGGACAACUGACUUCUUCAUGAGGUACGAGUAUAGCCAAAUAUAAUUUGAUUUCCUGUGAAACCACUUAGUAAAGCCUUGGAGAUAGCCAGUCCAGGCUGAAAUGUUGCGGCAGUGUGUAUGAGCGUGUAUGUGGUGCGUGUUUGUGAGAGUCUUUGUUUUAUGUAAGAGAUGGUUGUAGAUAGACCCAGCAAAUCAACCAGUUAGCAUGCAGACAUAGGGUCUUCACUCUCUUCAACUUGAAUUUACUAAAAUAUGACAAUAUACGAGGAAAACAAACUGAAUUUACAGAAAGUAAGUGUUACAGUAUUUAGCUUUAAAAGUCACUAAGAAAAAGAUUAAGCUCUUUUUAAUCUGUUUUUUUCUGGUCGUUUUUUUCUACUCGGUUCCUACUAAUGAUGAAUUAGUAGGCAGUGUUGAUGCUGUUCGUCUAAUGUUAAGAAUACGACAAUGAGGAGAAGGUGCGAGACAGCUGCUGUGAAACUGCUCUUCACCUUUGCAUCGAUUCUCCAGGUUUUUCAGUUGUAUCUUAAUGUCCACUGUCACUCACACUCUGUCCGAAGGAAGACUCUGGAAGUGUAACAGAUGUUGGUUUAAUAAAAGAUUCAAAUGUCAACUAA